GAUCUGCAUUUCAAUGCGACUUAAUGCCUGUACAUGUGAAAAUGUGUUGUGCUUGUAUGGAAGCUCAUAUGUUCACAUCAAAUUUGAUCAGAUUGCAGUGCCUAAUCAUUAGUAUUCAACCCCCUUGGGUUUCUUUACAUUUUAUUACAAAGUGGGAUUAAAAUUGAUUGAAUUGUCAUUGAUCUACACCAAAUACUCUGUCAAAGGUUUUUUUUCUCUCGACUGAGGGACCUUACAGAUAAUUGUGUUUGCGGUGUACAGAAAUGGGCUUGUUGCACACAGUGAGUUCAUACAAAUGACGUGAUUUGCUAAGCAAUUGUUUACUCCUGAACUAUUAAUACUUUGUGCACCCUCCCCUGGUGAGGAUAAUGGCACUGAGCCUUUUUCUAUCAUGUUUUAUAAGAUGGGAGAACACAUUGGGAGGGAUCUUAGACCAUUCCUCCAUAGUGAAUCUUUCCAGAUCCUUGAUAUCUUUCGAUCUGCGCUUAUGGACUGCCCUCUUCCAUUCAAACACACAUGUUUUCAAUUGGAUUCAAGUAUGGAGACUGAGAUGGCCAUUGCAAAAUGUUGAUUUUUAAUGUGUGUUUGAGGUCAUCGUCUUGUUGGAAGAUCCACUUGCGGCCAUGUUUCAGUCUCCGGGCAGAGGCAACCAGACCCCAAGAUGCAACCAAGUUCUGAAAUUCUCCAACUGUGGCCUUCUGAAGCAUCUUCAGACACAAGAUACACUUGGAUCCUCUACCAGGCAGGUUAAAUGUUGCCCUAAUGAUGGGUACACCGUCGUUGGGUACGCCCUUUACUUCUACACCUACAGCACGUGGAAAGGGCGGUCCGUGUACAUGGAGGACCUCUAUGUAAUGCCUGACUUUAGAGGAAAAGGCAUCGGAAAGGGACUGAUGGCCAAAGUAGCUCAGGUAGGGGUGGAGACGCAGUGUGUGCGGCUGCAGUUGUCUGUCCUAGAAUGGAACAAACCGUCACUAGAUUUCUACAUUGCCAGGGGUGCCGAAGACCUGACUGCCAAAGAAGGUUGGCACUUCUUACGGUUUGAUGGACAAACCCUGGACACAUUAGCUAAGGAAGCACCUGAAGAUUAGAGCAUUUUAUAAGCCUGGGUCUAGUUUAGUUCCGCCCAUAACAUCACACAGUGGGCAGGUUCAUUUUGCAUUGGUGGGUGGAGAUUUCACUUUUCACUUUAGGACUAAUGGAAACGCAGCUCAGCCGGAGCCCUGGGCGAUGCAAAACAACAAACCCAGUCCUCCUUUAUGCUUAAUGUGCAUUUAAAUUUAGUCAAACAUUAUUACAUUUUUAUAUAUAUAUAUAUAUAUAUAAAGUUUGGACACAGCUACUCAUUCAAGCUGUCAUCAAGGCAAACGGUGAAUACUUCAAAUGUAUUUUGAUUUGUUUAACACUUUUAUGGUUACUACAUAAUGUGUUAUUUCAUAGUUUUGAUGUCUUCACUAUUACUUCACUGCACUUCACUGCAAUGUAGAAAAUAGUACAAUAAAGAAAAAUUCUGGUA